CAGACAUAAGUUUAUGUGGAUCACACGUGUAUGGUGUAUCAUAGUUUAAACUAUGAAUUCGUUACCAUUUGAUAUAUUUUGUUCAAAACAAUCAGACUGUGAAACACCAAUAUCAUUUCUUACAAAAAUCUUAUCAGGAAAUGAUGCUUUAAAAUUUGAACAAAUUUCCUAUGAAUUCAACAAAUUAGGAAUUAAAAAAAUAAAGGAUUUGGCAAGAUUAACCAUUGAAAAAGCCAGCUCAAUAAAAUUAUGUGGAGAUUCUUUAACGCUGCUUAAUAGAGCAAUUGAGAUAUUUAGUGAAUGCCUAGAUUUUCUUCUAGAAUAUGCAAUAUUUGAAAUUCAAAGUGGACAUUUUAUUAAUACUCAACAAGUUUGUGAAGAAUUAAAAAAGCAUAAACCGAAAGACUUAAAUGUUAUAUUACUUAACGCUGAUUCAUUUUUCAAGUGUGGAAAUUAUGAAAAAUCUAUUGAUUGCUUGGUAAUAGCAAAACAUAUUAAUCUCAACAGUUUUAAAGUUUAUAAUAACUUGGGACUGAUUCAUUGGCUACAAUCAGAAAUUGAUUUAGCCAAACUUUACUUUUCUGUAUCUUGUCAAAUGGAACCUUUUUGUAUUUACGCUUGGAUGAAUUAUGCAGAUGCGUUAGUUAAGACAAACGAUCUAAAACUAGCUGAACUAGCGUAUGAACGAGUUUUGUCAUUAGAUCCUAAAUUAUUGACCGCACGUAGUGAGUAUGGCAAUCUACUUUUACGUUUAAAUGAAAUAAAAAAAGCUAAAAAGCAAUUUAAGAUAGUACAGAAAAUUGCACCAUAUUUGCAAAAAAAUUUGAAUAGCUUAGGAAAUGCAUAUUUUAAGACGGCUAAAUUUAGUAAAGCUAUUUCAUAUUAUGAGAAAGUUUUGGAAGUAAAUCCUAAUAUAAAAAUUACUUUGAAGUAUUUAGGACUUUCUUAUCUCAAAGAAUCAGAGUUCCAUAAAGCAUAUGCUGUAUUUCAAAAAAUAUUGAAUGUAAAUCCAGAAGAUUUUGAUGUUUUAAGAUAUUUAGCCUUUGUUUUUUAUUAUGAAGAUAAAUUACGAUUGUCUAUUGAAACCUUCUUAAAAUGUUUGAAACUUCAGCCAAAUAAUGUAAAUGUUAAUUUUGAAUUGGCUGUUAUGUACCUACAAAUCAACAAUUCAGAAGAAGCAGAACUCCAUUUAAAAAAAUGUAUCAAGUUUGAUAACCAAAGAAAGGAUGUAUUUAAGCUUCUGUAUAAAGUAUACGCAAAGUCUAAAAAAUAUAUAAAUGCAUCAGAUGCUUGCAUUUCAUUGGGCGAUUUAUAUAUAGAAAGUGAUGACCAUGAAAAUGCAAAAGAUGCAUAUAUUUCUGCUAUACAAUUCAAUCCUGAGAAUGCAAUUGGUCAUUGGAAAGUUGGACUUGUUAUGCAUAAGCUGGGUCAUUAUAAUAUGGCUUUAGUCAGGUAUAGAAAAGUUAUUCAAUUGCAACCAAGCUUUCCCAAUAUUUACUGUGAUAUUGCAAUCACUUACGAACAUGAAAAUAAUUUUGAAAAGGCUCUAGAAUGUUAUACAAUGGCUCUUCAGUUUCAACCAGAUCAUCUAAAUACUAUAAUUAAUUUAUCAAUUCUAAAACAAAAAUUGGGCAAAUUUGAUGAUAUCGUUGAUAUCUAUCAUAGAAUUUUAAAAAUCGAUAUCUCUGAUGCCCUUGAUGUCCAUUUGAAUUUAGCAAAUAUUUUUUACAAAAAAAAUAAAAAUCUUAAUGGUGCCCUUGUUCAUUAUGAAAACGCUUUGACGGAUGACAAUAAAUCUGUCAAAAUUUAUAUAGAUAUGGGUAGUAUAUUUACAGAGUUAAACAUGAGUAAAGAAGCAUUACAUUGUUUUUACAAGGCAAUUCGGCAUGAUCAAAAUGAAAGUGAUAAUGUUUUUCGUACAUAUGAAGUUGUAUUAAAACUGAAACCAGAUUUUCCAGAAGUGUAUUGUAAAUUAGUACAAUGUUUACAAAAAGUUUGUGACUGGUCAGAUUAUGAUUCUCACGUGAUUAUCUUAAAAGAAAUAUUUAACAAACAACUCAAUAAUGAUGGAGGCUUGUUCUUUUUGCCUCAUGAUUUGUUGAUGUUUCCACUAUCAUUAGAACUACAAACAAAUAUUACUACUGAGUAUGCAAAUCAUUGUGUUGAGAUUUUUAAAAAUACAAUUGAUAAAUCCAAACCAUUUAUUCAUCCAACAUCUAUAAUAUCUUCGAACGGAAAACUAAGGAUUGGUUUUGUAUCAAUCAACUUUGGUGAAUACCCAAUAUCAACGUUUAUGGAAUCCUUAUCCAAGAUAUACAACUACCAUAUAGAUGUAAUUUGUUAUUCUAUAUCAUCAUGUGACAAUAUUCUACCCUGUUUCAGGGAUAAACUCUUUAAACACCAUAGAAAUUUGUCACAACUCAAAACCAUCGAUGCUGCUAAAUGUAUAAAUAGUGAUGGAAUCCAUAUACUGGUUGACCUGAGUGGUUAUAUAAAGGGUAUUCAAACUGAAAUAUUUGCUUUGAGACCAGCUCCAAUUCAAGUUUCAUGGCUUGGUUAUCCUAGUACCAGUAUUGAUACAUUCCUGGAUUACUUGAUUACAGAUAAAAACAUGAGUUUUCCUCCUAAACUUCAAAGUUUAUGUACUAAAAAAUUGGCUUACACAAAUCAAACUAUUUUUUCUGGUGAUCACAAGCAGAAGUUUUCUAAUUUACCUCAGCGCAAGGAAGUCAUAGAUAGUACAAAUAAUAUUAUACAUCAAAGCAUUGAUCUUUAUGGAGACGAUAUUAAUGAAUUAGUAGGAUCAGUUAAAAAUGUACGCAUUGAAGAAGAACUCCCAACAUUCAUGAAAUAUUACACUAGACAAAAGUUCAACUUACCAGAAAAUGUUGUGGUUUUUUGUAAUUUUAGUAAACUAUAUAAAAUAGAUCCAUUAACUCUACGUAUGUGGCUAACUAUUUUAAAUAAUGUUCCUAACUCUGUACUAUGGCUUCUACAUUUGAAUGAUACUGCGGAAAAUAACUUAAAAAAAUAUGCUAAUGAUUUAAGCUUUGAUACAUCACGGAUCAUUUUUGCUGACUUUAUUCCUAUAUAUCAACACAUGAAUCGAAUCCAGUUGGCUGAUAUAUAUUUGGACACACAUUUAUACAAUGGCCACAGAGCUUGCUUGGAUGCAUUAUGGGCAGGAGUUCCAGUAGUAACAUUACCUGGAGAUACAUUUACAUCUCGUGUAACGGCUUCACAGUUAACUACUUUAGGGAUUAUUAAUACUAUUGCUCAAAAUGAAGAAAACUUUAUUGAAAUUGCAACACAAUUGGGGUUGAACAAACUUUCUUUGGAAAAUAUGAGAAAAAAUAUUUGGAAAUGUAAAAUGCAUAGUGUUCUAUUUGAUAUGGAUGUUUAUACAAAAGAAAUUAUUUUAAUUUUUAAAAAUAUGUGGUAUUACUAUUUGUUUGUACAUGAUCUGGAUAUGUAG